AUGUGCUCUGCCAAGAAAUCCUUGACACAACAGUUUAGUGCUGCAAAUGUGCCAAUUCAUCAGCAAAUUAGUAUCAUAGAGUUAGAAACUGGAGGCAUAGAAAAUAUUGGGUGUAUAGAAAGAUAUUUUUACAAUGCAUGGAUGAGAUAUGGAAUACAGACAGGCCUAUCAAGCAUUUGGGGAUAUAGUAUGGUGUUUGCACCCUUUGUUGGGGUCAACCAUCAUGGACAAACUAUACUCUUUGCUUGUGCAUUCUUGAGUGAUGAGACGAUUGAGUCAUUUUUGUGGCUUCUGAAGCAGUUGUUGUCAUGUAUGCCAAUAGGUACACCCAAAAUGAUCAUCACUGAUCAAUACCCUACAAUGGGAAAGGUCAUAGCUGAAUUUCAUAAUUGCAUAUGGAAUUCAUCGAAUUCGGAUGAAUUUGAGGCUGGUUGGGCCGAGGUUGUCAAGCAAAGUGGAUUGUCUACAAAUGAAUGGUUAAAAACAAUGUAUGAGCUCCGUUUCAUGUGA